AUGAAGGUAAUAGUUUUAAUUUGUGCACUCUUGCUAUGUAUUGCUUUUGUUUCUGCCGAAGUAGAGGUAGAAUCCGAUAGAGCCAUUGCCUAUACCUAUCCAGGACAACCAGAAUUUAAGAUUUCAACAAGAGUAGUUGGUACAUGGGUAGAUGGAAGUCGUGGAAAUCUACCAUUCACUCAAUAUGAUGUUACAGUCUCCAACUUAUCAACUAGAAAUCUUAAGAACUUCUUUCUUAUUACUGACUAUACUUUUAGAGUACGUGAUGGUACUGCCUAUUGGAAUGUUGUUAGAUUGCAAAACGGAGAUCUCACUCUUCCAUCUUACCAAAAUUCCAUUAACGCCGGUGCCAACUACACCUUUGGUUACAUUCUCCAAGGAACACCAGCAACACCAGCCAGAUUAUCAGUAAGAUACUUAGUCUACCAAUAA